GCAGCAGCUGAUUGGAAAUCGGCCCCAACUGCAGUUAUCGAUAGCCAAGGCAGCGUUGUUGUCCAAUCAGAAAAAGUGUAGGCGCAGCGGAAUAGCAUAAAUAUAAUUCGAGAGAUCAAUGUUGAGACCGCGCAGCGUAGAACAGAGAUAACAAAUCCCACAAGCAAGAAGAAGACCUGCCAAAAAAGAGCCAGCGGAUUAAUAACAUUAUAGCACCUGAGCGUACAGAACACCCCAACGAAAUGUCGCGCAAAAUGGCCAAGUUCUACAAGUUGGACAUCAACCGCACCGAGUGGGAGAUCCCGGAGACAUACCAGAACCUGCAACCAGUGGGUCAGGGUGCCUACGGCCAGGUCUGCAAGGCCGUGGUCCGCGGAACCAGCACGAAGGUGGCCAUCAAGAAGCUGGCCAGGCCCUUCCAGUCGGCGGUCCAUGCGAAGCGUACCUACCGGGAACUGCGACUGCUGAAGCACAUGGACCACGAGAACGUCAUUGGGCUGCUGGAUGUCUUUCAUCCAGGACAGCCCGCCGAUUCUCUGGAUCAGUUCCAGCAGGUGUACAUGGUGACCCACUUAAUGGACGCCGAUCUGAACAACAUAAUUCGCACGCAAAAGCUGUCCGAUGAUCAUGUCCAGUUUCUGGUCUACCAAAUCCUGCGCGGUCUUAAGUAUAUCCACAGCGCUGGGGUCAUCCACCGCGAUCUGAAGCCCUCGAACAUUGCGGUGAACGAGGACUGUGAGCUUCGCAUCCUAGACUUUGGUUUGGCACGUCCCGCAGAAAGCGAGAUGACCGGGUACGUGGCUACGCGAUGGUACCGGGCACCUGAGAUCAUGCUCAACUGGAUGCACUAUAACCAGACGGUGGACAUCUGGUCGGUGGGCUGCAUCAUGGCCGAGCUGUUAACUGGACGCACCCUGUUCCCUGGAACCGAUCACAUCCAUCAGCUUAACCUCAUCAUGGAAGUGCUGGGCACGCCAGCUGAUGAGUUUAUGAGCCGCAUUUCCUCGGAGAGCGCUCGGAACUACAUCCGUUCACUACCGGUAAUGCCGCGCCGCAAUUUCCGCGACAUCUUCCGCGGUGCUAACCCGCUGGCCAUCGAUUUGCUGGAGAAGAUGUUGGAACUAGACGCCGACAAGCGCAUUACCGCCGAACAGGCGCUGGCUCAUCCGUACAUGGAGAAGUAUCACGAUCCAACCGAUGAGCAGACCGCCGCGCUUUACGACCAGAGCUUCGAGGAGAACGAGCUGCCGGUGGAGAAGUGGCGGGAGAUGGUCUUUAGCGAGGUAACGGCCUUCAAGCCCACAGCCGCUUUCGCAGAGCUCCUGCCCAAGGAGCAGUAAUCCCGGCCGCUGCCCCUGUCCGUUCAAUGAUGCUAUAUACAAUUAGAACAGUCUUUUUUACACCUAGUUCAAGCGUAUGCGCUCAGUCGUGAUUUCUCUAUUCGUCGAGUGUAAACAAUCGGGGAUAUUUAUUCUAGAGCGAUUUAUAUUUAGAAACUCUUCAGUGGCUGGAUUUAAACAAUUUGUUUUAACCACAAACGUAAGGUGAAAUUGUAUUUUCGAACCUCCGAUUUGCAUUCGAUGAAUACAGAAAUAGCGGUUGAACUAGGUACAUGCCUAUAAUGUAGCGAUUCGGAAUUCUUUCCAAAAAUCAAUCAGAGUCACAGCCUUAAUGUCCAGUUCAACUUUAGAUUUGGUGUCGGUUUUAACACGCAGUUCUUGUGAAUAAUCCUGUAAAUGUGAGUGUACAUGUACAUCGUAGUUCGUAAGCGAACGCAUCUCGCGGCCAGUAACUAUAAAAAAGAGCACUAGUGUCUACGUUGAAUCCAAAUAAAUGUGCUAUGUAUUUUAAAA